ACAUUCACUUUAGACCGCACGCAUGCGUUAAAGAACGCAAGAAUUUUACUCAACUUCUUUGGAAACAGUCAGUGCGAAGAACUCAUACCAUCUAAAUAGCGAAAGUAUAAUAUAUGGUGUCUCCCCAACUUUGACGUUUCCCACGAAAACGAAAUGUGUCGCUAAUUUUUUUUUUUUUUUGAGUGUGGUGGAGUGCAAGUUUGUGCGGCAUCCAAGAUUAUUUUCAGACGGAUGAGAUAGCCAGAGAAGAAACAUGACUUCCACGGGGUUGCGGAGUGAACAUUACAGUGAUGACAAUUUAUCAGAUGAUGAAAGUUCACCGCUCACAGAAAAUAUUUAUGGUGGAAGCGUACGUACAGUCCACGAAACUAAAGGAUGGGACGUCUUCAGGGAUCCUCCACUCAAGGAGGAAUCGGGUUCAAUGGCCAAUCAGAAAUGCCUGGAGCUAACAGUCAAAAUACUCAAAGUAGUGGCCUAUUUGGUCACCUUCCUUAUAGUAUUAGUCUCUGGAGUGGUCUCAAAAGGAACACUACUGUUCAUGACAUCACAGCUCAAUCCUGAGAAAGUCACAACGUAUUGUAAUAAAGAUUUAGGUAGGGAUAAGCAAUUUGUAGUCAAUUUACCAGUAGCAGAAAGAGUAGCAUGGAUGUGGUGCCUUAUAUUUGCUUUCUGGGUACCACAGCUUGGUUCGCUCUUCAGAUCAACGAGAAUGUUGUUCUUCAAAUCUUCGAGGAGGCCGCCACUGUCGCAUUUCCUGAUGAUAUUCAUAGCAGAAACGGCGCAUACCAUUGGAAUUGCCCUGUUGGUGUUCUACAUCCUACCAGAUUUGGAUGUGGUUAAAGGAGCCAUGUUAACGAAUUGUCUUUGUUUCAUUCCUGCUUGUUUGGGACUUCUCUCUCGAAGCAACAAAGAAUCAAACCGUUUCCUCAAAGUGAUAAUCGACCUUAUCGCUAUAGGCGCACAAGCUACAGGAUUCGUAUUCUGGCCUAUAGUCGAACAAAAGGCCGACCUCUGGAUCAUUCCUGUUUCGACUGUUCUCAUCUCGAUCGGUUGGUGGGAGAACUACAUCUCCAAACACUCGCAAAUACCCAUCAUCAAGAGGUUAUCCAAAGUGAAGGACCAGUUCAACGAAUCCAGAUACUUUACCUACAUGUUCAUUUCCAUUUGGAAAUGCGUGUGUUUCUUCUUGGCCGUGCUUUUCAUCAUUCUGUUCAAGGAAGGAGAGGUAGCUUUCCUGUUCACCAAGUUCUCAGAAGGGUUCGGCACUCACCAGAUCACUAUCACCGAGGUGAAGCCUUUCUUAGGAGGAACUUCCCUACCAGACAUUUCAGAGAUAAUACCAACAGGGGAUGACACCACAGUCCAAGCCAGCGAUCAAACGCCAGUACAUUUCUUACUGGUCAGCAUCUUCGCCUCCUACUUCGCCUACAUCUUCGGUAAAUUCGCCUGCAAGAUCAUGAUCCAAGGUUUUUCUUACGCUUUUCCUGUCAAUCUCACCAUCCCGGUUGCCAUUUCACUGAUCAUCGCAGCCUGUGGACUCAGAAACGAAGAUCCAUGCUUCUUCAACGAAUCUAUACCGCCGUAUCUUUUCUUCACCAGUCCAUCUGCCCUGUUCUUGAAUGACUUUAUCUCUCACCAGCAUGUCUGGAUUUGGCUGCUGUGGCUUUUGUCCCAAACGUGGAUCACGAUUCAUAUUUGGACGCCCAAAUGCGAACGUUUGGCCAGAACUGAAAAGUUGUACGUGACUCCUAUGUAUGAUGGACUUUUGAUCGACCAGAGUUUGGGACUGAACCGGUGCAGAGACGAUGAGGCAGACGUCAAAACGGAAGAUCUGGACGAAAUUCAGAAGGAAAAAGGAGACGAGUAUUACGAAACGAUUUCGAACCACACUGACGGUUCGACACCACGAACAAUAAAAAGUUCCGACCACAUCACCAGAAUAUACGCUUGUGCCACCAUGUGGCACGAAACUAAGGAGGAGAUGUUGGAGUUCUUGCAAUCAAUCCUGAGACUUGACGAAGAUCAAUCCGCCAGAAGGGUGGCUCAGAAAUAUCUGAGGGUGGUGGAUCCAGAUUAUUAUGAAUUCGAGACCCACAUCUUCUUCGAUGACGCCUUCGAACUGUCGGAUCACAGCGACGAUGACACUCAAGUCAACCGAUUCGUAAAACUGCUGAUAUCAAGUCUGGACGAGGCGGCUUCUGAAGUUCACCAAACGCACAUAAGGAUCAGGCCGCCUAAGAAAAUACCAACUCCUUACGGUGGCAGAUUGAUUUGGACGCUUCCAGGUAAAACUACCAUGAUUGCCCACUUGAAGGAUAAAAUGAAGAUAAGGCACAGAAAGAGAUGGUCUCAGGUCAUGUACAUGUACUACCUUUUGGGGCACAGACUGAUGGAACUGCCCAUUUCGGUAGAUAGGAAGGCUGUGAUAGCGGAAAAUACAUAUUUGUUGACUCUGGACGGUGAUGUUGACUUUCAACCAUCUGCAUUGCUGCUGCUGAUCGAUUUGAUGAAGAAGAACAGGAAUCUAGGUGCUGCUUGUGGUCGUAUCCACCCCUUAGGAUCCGGCCCUAUGGUAUGGUACCAAAUGUUCGAAUACGCCAUUGGUCAUUGGCUCCAAAAAGCCACCGAGCACGUUAUUGGCUGUGUCCUCUGUAGUCCAGGAUGUUUCUCCCUCUUCAGAGGAAAAUCCCUCAUGGAUGACAACGUCAUGAAGAAAUAUACAACAAGGUCUGAUGAAGCUAGGCACUACGUACAGUACGAUCAAGGUGAAGAUAGAUGGCUCUGCACACUGCUUCUGCAAAGAGGAUAUCGUGUAGAGUACUCAGCUGCUUCCGAUGCUUACACUCACGCUCCAGAAGGUUUCAAUGAGUUUUACAAUCAGAGGAGGCGAUGGGUGCCGUCAACUAUAGCCAACAUUAUGGAUCUGCUCAUGGACUACAAGAAAACGAUAAAGAUAAACGACAAUAUUUCGAAACCAUAUAUAGGAUAUCAGAUUUUGUUGAUGGGCGGUACCAUUCUUGGACCUGGAACGAUAUUUCUUAUGUUGGUAGGAGCUUUCGUGGCCGCCUUCCAAAUAGACAACUGGACCAGUUUCUAUUACAACAUCUACCCUAUCCUCUUCUUCAUCCUAGUUUGUUUCACUUGUAAAGCUAACAUACAGCUGUUGGUUGCUCAAAUAUUAUCAACGUGUUACGCCUUGAUCAUGAUGGCUGUUAUUGUUGGUACAGCGCUUCAGUUAAGAGAGGACGGUUGGGGUUCGCCUUCUUCGAUUUUCUUAAGCGCUAUGACAGGGUCGUUUUUCAUAGCUGCCUGUCUACAUCCCCAAGAGUUUUGGUGUAUAGUACCUGGAGUCAUUUACCUGUUGUCUAUACCUUCCAUGUACCUACUUUUGAUUUUAUACUCGAUAAUAAACUUGAAUGUCGUCACCUGGGGUACUAGGGAAGUUGCAGUCAAAAAGACAAAGAAGGAAUUGGAAGAAGAGAAGAAAGCAGCCGAAGAAGCUAAAAAGAAAGCCAAGCAGAAAUCUCUAUUAGGUUUCCUUCAAAAUGGAGGAACAAGUGACGAUGACGCAGGCAGUAUAGAAAUAUCUUUGGCAGGAUUGUUCAAAUGUAUGCUCUGCACACAUCAAUCGCCGAGUGAUGAAAAGGCUCAGCUUAUUCAAAUAGCAGAUUCCUUAGAAACGCUCAGUAAACGCUUGGACGGUAUAGAAAGGGCUGUGGACCCAAUAGGACACACUUCGAGGAAACGCAGUGUUUCUGCGUCAUCUAGAGGAGAUCGUCACAACAACCUGGGACCAGUGGCCGAGGAAUCGGACAAGGAAUCAACAGAAUCAGAAUCUGAAACUGCCUCCACAUCUCCAAAGAGCAGAAGGGAUGAUCUAGUCAAUCCCUACUGGAUAGAAGACCCAGAAGUUGGCAAGGGAGAGGUGGAAUUCCUCAGUAGUGCCGAAAUGCAAUUCUGGAAGGACCUACUGGACAAGUAUCUAUUUCCUAUAGACGAAAAUCCAGAGGAGAAGGCGCGAGUAGCGAAAGAGUUGAUAGAACUUAGAAAUAGGUCAGUUUUUGCGUUUUUUAUGUGCAACGCUCUCUUCGUUCUCAUCGUUUUCCUUUUGCAACUCAACAAGGACCAGAUACAUGUAAAAUGGCCUUGGGGUAUAAAAACCAACAUCACUUAUGAUGAAGAAACGUCUGAGGUACAUAUCUCCAAGGAGUAUCUACAACUAGAACCCAUUGGUCUUGUGUUUGUGUUCUUCUUCUCCCUCAUUUUGUUCAUACAGUUCACUGCCAUGUUGUUCCAUAGAUUCGGUACAAUUGCUCAUAUACUUGCCUCUACAGAACUGAACCUAUGUUUCCACAAAAAGAAAGAAGAAAUGUCGCCUAACGCAUUAUUGGAUAAGCAAGCUGUGGAAAUAGUCAAACAGUUGCAGAAACUUCAGGGAAUUGAUGAAGGUGAUUACGAUAACGAUUCAGGAUCAGGACCGGACAGAAUUGGUCGAAGAAAAACUAUCCAUAAUUUGGAGAGAGCUGCACAAAAGAAAAGACAAAUUGGCACUUUAGAUGUUGCAUUCAGGAAAAGGUUUGCUAAGCUGAAUGCCAAUGGUGCAGAGAAGGGUACACCAAUUCUGAGUAGAAGAUUAACAAUGAGGCGAGAAACAAUGAAAGCCCUGGAAGUUCGAGUAAAUUCUGUGAUGGCAGAGAGGAGAAAAUCCCACAUGCAGACUCUUGGUGCUAAAAACGAAUUCGGAAACAACAAUGUGAUUCAGAGAAACCACAGAAACAGUGUUGCCAGCAGUAUACCAGCAAAAGAUCUAUUCGAUAAUGGUCAUGUCAAUCAAGCAUACGAAGAAGAAACUUAUGGUAGCAGGAAUUCUCUACCGAUGCAUCCUAGAAAUAAUGUUACAUGGAAAAGUUCCGGAAGUAACAGCAGAAUGUGAGACUAGAUUGAAAAUUGUCGCUGCCACUAUAAUUAAAAGGGUAAAAUUGUAAUAUUUCAAGAAAUUGAAUUUCCUCAUUCAAUACUCAAUAUUCUAGUUAGAUAUAAAUUUAGAUAGAAUAAAAAAAACAAACUGCCUCCUCUGAAUACUCAUUUUCAGUCAAAAAUGAUGUUGUCUUAAAUAUUCGAGAUAGUUAACAUUUCUGUAUAUAGUUCUAGUUCAUGUAUCGAUUUAAGACUUAAUAAUUAUAGACUCAAUUUUUAUAAAGACAAUUUUCUAGUUCUAGGAAGUAAUUAUUUAUUUAUUUAAGGCAUUAUUGUGAUACUGAAAUAUACAUACUUCUUAAAGA